AGCAACCAUGGCGCCCGUUUCCAACAAGACCUUAAUGUUCAGAAAGAUCCCCACCGCUGCCAUUGUCCCCGGCGAGCACAUCGUCCUCGAAGACGUCGGCUUCGAUCCAUCCUCGCCUCCCCCGCCGGGCGGCGUAACCCUCUCGAUUCUCUGGGCCUCGCUCGACCCGUACCUGCGCGGGCGCAUGCGGCCCGCCCACGUGCGCUCCUACGUCCCGGCGUUUGAGCUCGACACGCCCGUGACCAACGCCUGCGUCGCGCGCGUGCUCAAGUCGGACGCCACGCCCGCGUACCACGACGGCGACCUGGUGGUUGGCGCGCUGCCGCUGGCCGAGUACGCCGUGCUGGACGCCGAGGGGGUCAAAAAAGCGUUGCAGAAGAAGGUGGAGAAUCCGCAUGGGCUGAAGGAGUUUGGGUUGUUUCUGGGUCCGUUGGGCAUGCCUGGUUUGACGGCGUGGAGUUCGCUGUAUGAGAUUGGGCAGCCGAAGAAGGGGGAGACGAUCUUCAUUAGUAGCGCGGCUGGCGCCGUGGGGCAGUUGGUUGGCCAGGUUGCGAAGAAGGAGGGAUUAAGGGUCAUUGGGAGCGUGGGUAGUGAUGAGAAAUUGGAGUUUAUCACGAAAGAGCUGGGGUUUGAAGGGUUCAAUUACAAAAAGGAGAAGCCUAGGGAUGCGCUCAAGAGACUUGCGCCCGAUGGGCUGGAUAUUUACUACGAGAACGUAGGCGGGGAGCAUCUGGAGGCGGCGCUGGAUGCCAUGAAGGAUUGGGGGAGGAUCGUGGCCUGCGGCAUGAUCUCGCAGUACAAUCUCCCGGACCAGGAAAAAUACGGUGUCAGGAACCUGUUCCUCGUCGUCUCCAAGCGUCUGACGAUGCGCGGCUUCAUCGUACACGAUCCCGAUUUUGGGCCCAAGUACACGAAGGACCAUCAGGAGAAGUUGUCGCAGUGGCUGGCCGAGGGCAGCGUCAAGGCUAAGCUGAGCGUUACGGAGGGCAUUGAACACGUUGCGGAUGCGCUGGUUGGUGUGUUUGAGGGUAAGAAUUUUGGCAAGGCCGUCAUCAAAAUCAAGGCUGAAUGAGUGGUGGAUGGGCUACGAGACGGGGACAGGCAGGCCAGAGAUGCAAGUGUCUUAGACUCUCGGGAUGCGAUUCAUCGUCUGAGGACUCGCGGAGACAAUGUGCCAGUGACCGACAAACUCGAAGAGGUGCACAUCAUGCCGCAACAUGACGGUUUUGUGAGCGGGGGGAGACAAACGUAAAGUUAC